AAAAAAAUAAAUAAAAUCACAAUGAAAUACAAUUACACCUCAUAGACUGUGCAGGUAGUGAUUCCUGUAGUGUUGGAGUACUUUAUGGUUAUAUGUACAGAACUCCUUUUUUGGAGAGGACAUGUUUACUGACUUAAAAAAAACAUUACACACAUGUCACAUAUCUGUUUUCACAAAACAUUCAAGCACUACAGGUCAUGGAAUAGAAAAAUGAAAUUCUUAAUUCAACCCCCAGCUCUUUCCGGCCAAGUCUCCUCCCCAAAGGUAAAUGCUAAUAACAGUUUAGUAGAUAUCUAUAAUUUAUGUAUAUAUGUUAGGUUGUGUUACCUUUUUAAUUAGCAAAAAACAGUAGGGUCAUUUUAUUUUGGGAAAAAAUGUACCUGCUGACCUCUAGUGGUGCCAUUUACUAGCACACAUUUAUUUGUUUUGGAAUAAUUUUAGAUCUGAAUCAUGACUUAGGUUGGAACUGUAACAGUAAGAGAGAAAUGGAGAAUCUAAGCUAAAAUCUGUAUGGUUCCAGCCGAAGUAUCAUUUCCCUCCAAAUACACAGAUAACUGGGGAAAGGGAACAGAGGGAUCAAUAGUGAGAUAUCGGAUCAGAGAGGUACACUUUCAGUUUUACCAUUCGGGACUCACCAACCCAUUUUGUUAAUGCAACGUCCUGGGGCAGCGAAGGUUACAUCAGGUCGCUUUCUGACAGCUUUAGGGUUGGUGAGUGCGUGAUAAUUGAAAAUCCCCUGAUUCAAAGAAAGGAAUUAGAAAGAGAAGAAAAAUUCAGCCCUGCCACUCCUGGCAACUGUAAACUAUUGCUCAGUGAGAAUCACUCCAUGGUAAAAGUUUGUUCCGGUUACCAAGUGGACAACAAGCUCCUUGCUUUGAUAUACUUACCUGUUAAAGAGUCUCGUGAUUUUUAUUCAUUGGGUGACAUUGUUGCAAACGGAUGCAGUCUGGAUGGGAGGAUUAUUAAUGUGCUUGCGGCAGUGAGGUCGGUUGGAGAGCCAAAAUACUUUACAACUUCAGACCGGAGAAAAGGCCAGAGGUGUGAGGUGAAGCUCUAUGAUGAGACAGAGUCUUCUUUUGCAAUGAUAUGUUGGGAUAAUGAAUCUAUCCUGGUUGCACAGAGCUGGGUGCCACGAGACACAGUAAUAUUUGCCUCAGACGUAAGAAUAAGUUUUGACAAAUUUCGGAACUGCAUGACAGCAACUGUAAUCUCAAAAACCAUUAUUACGACCAAUCCAGAUACCCCAGAAGCUAACAUCCUAUUGAAUUUUAUAAGAGAAAAUAAAGAAACAAAUCCUCUGGAUGAUGAGAUCGACAGUUAUUUGAAAGAAUCUAUAAAUUUAAAUACAAUAGUUGAUGUCUAUACAGUUGAGCAAUUAAAGGUAAAAGCUUCAAAGAACGAAGGGAAGGCUGACCCUUUCUACGGCAUUCUUUAUGCUUUCAUUUCUACACUGAACAUUGAUGAUGACAGCACAACAGUAGUUCGACACCGAUGCUCCGGCUGUGGUUACGUUGUAAAGGAAGCAUCCAGCACUUGUACUGCUUGCAACAAAGAUUCUUUUGAAUUUAAAUCUGUUUUUCUCAGCUUCCACUUGCUAAUUGACCUCACUGACCACACAGGUACCCUCCAUGCCUGCAGUCUUACAGGAAGUGUUGCUGAGGAGACUUUAGGCUGCACGGGCAGCGCCGACUGCAUCUUUACACAGACGGGAUGCCUUUGGAUUUCCCUGAAUAGGACUGCUAUUUGCAUCAUUAUCUGUUUUCUACAACAUGCUGUUGAAAAUAGCUCAGGCAUGGCCAGGAAAGGGGCCGAGCCCUACAGAAUGAGGCCACCCAGACCAUGGGAGGAGCGCUCCAGUGAAAGACGCCCACUUAUCCUCAUUGCCCACCUCGGCCUUUCACAGUGCUUCCUGACGUUAGUCUGUUCUCCUGUUAGUCUUUGGAAUUAGCAUGGCCAGCUGACAUGCCCUUGCACUCUAUGUUAAAUAAAAAGUGGUGAAAGUGCUUUGUUAAAUGUCAAAAAUAGGAUGUCAUUAUUAACAAACUGCAUCAUCACAUCCUCAGAGCCUAACAGACUUGGGUUACUACCACAGGUUAACGCCUGUCACAGCUGCUAGUUUGAACACAUUUUAUUUUUGCAUAUUAUUUCUUUAUUUGUUUAUUUAAGUCAUCUCUACAACCAACGUGGGACUUGAACUCAUGACCGGGAGAUUGAGAGUGGCAUGCUCUUCCAAUGGAGCCAGGCCAGCGC